AUGUCGUGUAGCAGCGAUGACCAAUCUGAUAAGGAGUGUCCGCUCUGCAUGGAGGUGCUCGAACUCGAUGAUUUGGAUUUCUAUCCCUGCAAGUGUGAGUACCAGAUUUGCCGUUUCUGCUGGCAUCGGAUUCGCAAUGAUGAGAAUGGGCUUUGUCCCGCUUGCCGGCAGCCCUACCCCGAGGAUCCCGUCAACUUCAAGCCCCUCACGUCUGCCGACUUGAAGAAGAUCCGCAGCGAGAAGAAGAUGAAGGCUCAGGCGGAGAGACAACGUGUUUCCGAGGGGCGGAAACAUCUCUCGAAUUAUCGUGUUCUCCAGAAGAAUCUGCUUUAUGUGGUCGGGUUGUCUCCGCGCGUUGCGGAUCCGGAGAUUCUGAAGAAAAGCGAAUAUUUUGGGCGUUUCGGCAAAAUCAUUAAGGUUGUUGUUGGUACGACGACUACGGCACCUCCAAAUCUAAAUUCUAGUCACACGGCUUAUGUGACCUAUGCCAAGGUCGAAGAAGCUUUGCGGGCUAUUCAGUCCGUAAAUAACGCGGCCUUGGAUGGUCGGUUGGUGCGCGCUUCUUUGGGCACAACGAAAUAUUGUUCUUCGUUUUUGCGUGGCCAGCUAUGCUAUAAACAGGAAUGUAUGUACCUCCAUGAUGUUGCCGAUUGUGACAUUAGUUUUACAAAGGAAGACAUGCACCAGGGAAAGCACACCGACUAUGAGCGUCGUCUGAUCGAACAGACUCUGCGUCCGAUGCCAACCCCGGUUGCUGCUGUCGCGCCAACGGUGCGUACGAUAAACAGUUCGACAAGCCUGACGUCGGUUGGCGAUGACCGAUUGAUGAACCAACGUGUUCAAAAUGACACCUCUUCGGAGAAGGAAAUGGAGGAUGGUAACCUAUCGAUCGAUGAUGUCACGUGUGAGAAGGAUACGGAUGUGCUUACAGACCAGAUCUCUGAGGAUGACCCGCCAGUGAGGGAGUGCAGUUCCGAGGCGCAAUCGACACUUGAAACAUACAAUGCCCCAUCGAUGGGAAGUGGUGUGACCGAUGGUACAGUCCUGGCGACUGGGCGUAGCCAUUCGCAAGAGGAGACGCCGCAAUGGGAGCCUGACCAAAAUACGCCAGCGCAAAGCUCGCGUCUGCUGUCUUGGACGAAGAGCGCCCAACCAACUACAGUUGCUUCGGACAUCUCUUCAUCUGCAGUUCCCACAUGGCAGCGGCUUCUGGGAAUGGACGGUUCGUCCGUGUCGGUGGCACAACCCUACGUCAAUGGUCAUGCGCAUCUCAACCAAACUACUGGGGACGCACUGCUGACCGGUGCUCCGCCCGGGUUAUCCCCGAUCCCUCGCCCUGUGAUGAGCAACUCUACCCAGGGCUUCAGCCGGCGCGGCCCUUCGCCGCCGCCUGGCUUGGGAGGAUUUGAUUCUGACGACGACCUUGGCUUUGAUCCGAUCUUGGAAAGCAGAAAAGGAUUGGCUGUCUUACUUGACGAGGAGAAACGCUACCAGCCGCCCAUUGUUAAACCUGCGCAACCAAUUAAUGGAUUCAGCAAUUAUCCGCCUGCCCAGCCAUCGAAGCAGCCGACGAUUCCGCACGAGGAGUUGCAACGGCAACAGUUCCUUGCUUCGGUCCAUCUGCGGCAGCAGCAGCAACAAGCUGCCGCACUUCAUGAGCAACAACAAAGAGCCCAGCAGCAACGCGAUCGUCAAGAAUUGUCGGCGGCGCAAGAGCAGUGGCUGCGUUCGAUGCACUUCCAACAGCAUUCGGCCCCUUCACAACCACAAGCUGACUUCCCCGGACCACAGCAUCACGCUGGUCUUCCGAACAUUUUCCAACACAACAACGUUCCGAAGAACCAUAUCAGCCCCUACGACCUGUUCAAUCAGAGGCCUGAGCCAGCGUCUGUGGCUCCUCCGCCUGGCCUGCACCCGUCUCGACAGUCGCCCCAACAGAGCAGUUUUUAUAAUGCUUUCCAAACACCUGGAUUGCACUCGUUGGCGUCGGCCAAUAAGGGAAACAGCAGCGAAUGGCAAGAUGGAUUGCGAGCUCUUUUGCCAAACGUCAAUAUCCGGUUCGCCUCCGAGCACGAGCAGCAGCAGCAGAGCCAAAACCGCUGGCCGAAUGGUAGCGUAAACGGGAUGAUGGGGAUGAACAUGCAUCAGAUGGCGACUUCUUUGAUGGGCGGAGACCCGCGGCGUGUUCAUCAUCACAAUCAGCACAUCCCUCCACCGCCCGGUUUCGCGACGCGUACUGGCGAGCGU